CUCUCCCUACCCCGAACUAUCUCAUCGCCCCAUCGCCCCAAACCCCUACCUCUCCUCACCCCGAUCGGAAAUGAUGAAGUCCCUCUUCCUCUUCUCCGCGCACCCCGCGCCGCCCCUCCUCCCCUCCCCAAACCUCCGCAGGCUCCUCUGCCUCCGCGCCUCCUCCUCCUCCACCUCGUCCCGCCCUCGCCCGGGCCGCCGCUCCCCGGGCCCCGCCCGCCCCCACCAGCCCCAGCCCUCCUCCCUCUACGCCCGCCCCAGCCUCCUCACCAUGGAGCGCGACCGCGCCGCGCGCCGCGCCGACGUCGACGCCUUCCUCGUCUCCCUCGGCGUCGACCCGGGCGAGCUCGCCGGCCUCGAGCUCCCCGUCACCGUCGACGUCAUGCGGGAGCGCGUCGAGUUCCUCCGCUCCCUCGGCCUCGGCCCCGACGACCUCGCCGCCUACCCGCUCGCCCUCGGCUGCAGCGUCCGCAAGAACAUGGUCCCCGUCCUCGACUACCUCGGCAAGAUCGGCGUCCGCCGCGACGAGCUCCCGCACCUGCUCCGCCGCUACCCGCAGGUGCUCCACGCCAGCAUCGUCGUCGACCUCGCGCCCGUCGUCAAGUACCUCCAGGGGAUGGACGUCAAACCCGGCGACGUGCCGCGCGUGCUCGAGCGCUACCCGGAGCUCCUCGGCUUCAAGCUCGAGGGCACCAUGAGCACCUCCGUCGCCUACCUCGUCGGCAUCGGCGUCGCCAGGCGGCAGAUCGGCGGCGUCAUCACGCGUUUCCCUGAGGUGCUGGGCAUGCGGGUGGGGAAGAUCAUUAAACCUUUCGUCGAACACCUUCAAGGCAUUGGCCUGCAGAGGCUGGCCGUUGCAAGAAUGAUCGAGAAGAAGCCGUAUGUCCUUGGGUUUGGGUUGGAGGAAAGGGUCAAGCCUAACAUUGAGGCGCUUCUGGAGUUUGGGGUCAGGAAGGAGGCGCUGGCAUCCAUUGUGAUACAGUACCCUGAUGUUCUUGGGGUUGAGCUGCGAGAGAAGCUUGUUGAGCAGCAGAGCUUGUUUGAGUCCAGCAUUUUGGUCAGCGGUGAUGAUUUCGGACGAGUCAUCGAGAGGAUGCCACAAGCCAUUAGCCUUGGGCGAGCUGCCGUUCUAAAGCAUGUCAACUUCCUCACAGGCUGUGGCUUCUUGCUGUCUCAGGUGAGCAAGAUGGUCGUGGGGUGCCCCCAAUUGCUCGCACUCAACAUGGAUAUAAUGAAGAUGAACUUCGAGUACUUCAAGAAUGAAAUGGAGAGGGAUUUGGAGGAGCUGGUUGAGUUCCCGGCAUUCUUUACGUAUGGCCUCGAAUCCACUAUAAGAUACCGGCAUGAGAUUGUGGCUAAAAAGGGAUUCACAUGCUCUCUCGCAUGGCUGCUCAACUGCUCUGAUGCGAAAUUUGAUGAGCGUAUGAAGUAUGACACAAUUGGAGUUGAGGAAAUGGAGGAUGAUAAUUCCUUUGACAAAGAUAGGUUUGUGGAGCAAGUACAAGAUGAGGAUGAUGAGGAUAUGGAAGAGGAUAGCGAUUAUGAUGACACCGAUGAUGAGUUCAUCGAAUGAUUCCCUUCGUUCAUAGUAUCUAGUAUCAAUUGUUAGCUGACGAACUUGCAUUUAUGUCUUGAGCUUGAUGCUCUGUUGUAUAUGAUGCAGUAGUGAUCACUAGACUGUCAUUUUUGAAGGAUGUGCUUGAUAAACCAAAUGCUGGAUAUAAUCAAAUUGUAGCUUAGAGGUCUGAUAUAUUCAGAUAUUUCACA